ACAAUGACACGUGAACGUCAACUUCUAUUUACAUGUCAAAUUAUUUAUCGGUGAUUUUUUUCUGAUAAAAUAUCGUUGCAUUCACAAAAGUUGUAUUGAGAUACUGGACACGAUAAUUGGUUAAAAUGGUUACUUUAGUUAAUAUUAAAGGCUUUGAAGAAUUUUCCAACUAUACCGCUUCUAUUGAUGCAAAAGGCCCACCUGUUCUGAUCUACUUUAGCGGAUCCAAAAACGCCGAAGGCAGAAGUUGGUGUCCAGACUGCGUUGAAGCUGAACCAGUUAUUAAAGCAUUUCUAGAUGAAUUGAAGAGAAAUGUUGUAUUUGCUUAUGUUGAUGUUGGUGACAGAGAUUACUGGAAAGACAGAGCAUGUCCUUUCAGAACAGACAGUCGUACAAAGCUUUUAGUAAUUCCGACGAUAAUAAAGUGGAAAGGAGUGCAGCGACUUGAAGGCAGUCAGUGCACGAAAAGAGAUCUUUUGCAAAUGCUGUUUGAAGAAGAUGAUUGAAUAUCAUAAAACAAGAAAUUAAAUUUAAGAACUCCAUGUAUGCAGACUUGAGGAAAUAUUAUAAAAUAUAAACAAUCCAUUUUAUUGAUCAACUCUCUUGAAAUCAGUAUAUAAUAUGUAUAAUGUGUUUGCGGAGUGUUAACACACUUUUCCAUUUAAUUAUUUUGCCUGUCUCAAACCAAUAUUUAUAUUCCAGUACAGUAUGCGUUUGUAAGGCAAUUUUGCCUAUAUGAAUGUAUAUAUACUUAAGCAAAUGUUUCUACAAUGUGUAUAUUUUUUUAAAUAAAAAUGUAUUAUAUA